AACGGAGUGGCGUCAUCUGCACCAAAUUCAAACUUCGGAGAGAGACGAGAGAGAAAGGCCAGUGCUGCUGCAGUGUAUUCCACGUUUUCUGGGACCGGAGAGCUCAUUUUGAUUGUUGUGAAGUUUACAAGUGGCACAUUUUGUUUCGGUUAAUCAUCACAGGUCGUGUGAAAACCUGGACAAAAUGGCGCAGUUUGGGUUCGAGAAUGACAUCCACAGUAUCUUGAAGCUGGACAUGCCCAUCACAAACGCUCCCAUGGCGAGGUGGCAGAGAAAGGCCAGCUCGUCGAACACAUCCGCCUUGAACGGCCUGUCGCCCGGGAAAUCUGCCAAUUCGUCGCUGAGUUCGUCAAAAACACCGAGCAAAACACCAGGCAAAAAUAAAAAACAAACACCCUCUAAGAUGGGAGGCGACCGCUUCAUUCCCACGCGAAACAGCAAACAAAUAGAGGUUGCAAGUUUCCUGCUUUCAAAGGAGAACGAGCCCGUGGACUCAAACAAUCCAGGAGUAUCAUCAGAAAACCAGAAGGCGUUGUCUAUGUCACUAAAUGGAUACAACAUUGAAGACGCAAAGAUCCUGCAUCUUGGAGGGAAGCCUCUGAAUGCUCCAGAGGGCUAUCAAAACAACUUGAAAGUCCUCUACAGUCAGGCUAUAACACCAGCCUCUACGAAGAAGACCAGAUAUAUAUCUUCAACUCCUGACAGGAUCUUGGAUGCUCCUGAGCUUCGAAAUGAUUUUUAUUUGAAUUUGCUUGACUGGAGCAGUCGAAAUAUCAUGGCUGUGGCGCUUCAUAACAGCGUUUACUUGUGGGAUGCCACUCAAGGAGACAUCAUUCUUCUCAUGAAGCUGGAGCGAGAGGAAGACUACAUCUGCUCGCUGUCCUGGACCAAAGAAGGAAGCUACCUUGCUAUUGGCACAAGUGACUGCAAAGUUCAGUUGUGGGAUGUUGAAAACCAGAAGCGCUUGCGCAGCAUGGCCAGCCACACAGCUCGAGUUGGAAGCCUGAGCUGGAAUGACCAUGUUCUUUCCAGUGGCUCAAGAUCAGGACACAUCCACCAUCAUGACGUGCGGGUGGCAGAACAUCACAUCUGCACACUCACUGGUCACUCCCAGGAGGUUUGUGGGCUGCAGUGGUCCCCCGAUGGUCGAUACCUGGCCAGUGGAGGCAACGACAACCUGGUGUGUGUAUGGUCCCGUGCACAGUCGCAGCCAGUCCGCUGCUGGAGUGAACAUCAAGGAGCUGUGAAGGCUUUGGCCUGGUGCUCGUGGCAGCCAAGUAUACUUGCAACUGGAGGCGGGACCAGCGACCGUCACAUCCGCAUCUGGAAUGUAAACAGCGGCUCCUGCAUUAGUUCUCUUGACACUCAGUCUCAGAUCUCAUCACUGGCUUUUGCGCCCAACUACAAGGAGCUGGUCUCUGCCCACGGCUACGCCCACAACAGCGUUGUUAUCUGGAAGUACCCCUCUCUCACCAAGGUGGCAGAGCUAAAUGGCCACGAGGACAGAGUUCUGAGUCUGACUAUGAGCCCAGACUGCUCUUCCAUUGCGACUGUGGCUGGAGACGAGACCAUUCGUCUGUGGAAGUGCUUCGAAGUGGAUCCCGUAAAGAAGGCGGCUAAAGAGAGGAUGGUGAAAUCAACUAGCGGUGUCAUUCAUCAGUCAAUCAGAUAAUUAGGUUUUUUGAUUGUUUCUGAUCUUUGAAAUGAAUUAUGUGCAAAUGUUUUAUUUAUCCACAAUAAAGAGUUGUUAAACCCAUUGUUUUCGCCUUUAAAUGGCAACUUUACUUCUCUGAUCAGUGGUGUAAUGGGUUGAUAGUCUCCAUUGUUUAUACAGGCCUAUUGUGGUAAAGCACAAAUGUGUUGGCUUUUAAGCAGUUCUGUUUCUGAAGUGUAUUUAUGACCUUCACUUGGCUUUUAUUGUAAUCCUGAUACGUUGUAUACAGUAAGAUGGGUUAUAAAUAAAUGGUUUGCUCCCCAUA